AUUCUGAUGUUUGUAAACAGACAAGUCCGAAAUUGUGCAGCCAGGGAUGCAUUAGCCAUCAUGACGGUGGCUAUGAUUGCUAUUGUCAGGAAGGCUACACUCUUAUAAACCACACAUACUGCCGAGCUAUUGGACCAGACCCACUAAUCAUUUUUGCAGACCGUUUCACUGUCCGAGGGUAUGACCCACUUAAGAAUGAAUAUCGAACGAUCGCAUAUGGUCAGACAAACGCCGUAGCCGUAGACUACGACUUCAAGGAAAUGCAGGUCUACUGGUCAGACGUUGUUCUAGAGGAGAUUUACCGCACUAAUAUAAAUGGCACUAGUUCGCCAGAAGUCGUCAUAACUGGGGCUAACAUACCAGAUGGGCUAUGCAUUGACUGGGUCUACCGCAACAUGUACUGGACUGAUACAGGAACCAACCGAAUUGAAGUUGCAAGUCUUGAGGAUCCAAGCAAACGUACUAUUCUCAUUUCUGAUAAUUUAGAGGAGCCAAGAGCUAUUACUAUUGACCCAAGAAUUGGGUACAUGUUCUGGUCUGAUUGGGGUCGAGCUGCCAAGAUUGAACGCGCAGGAAUGAACGGAAUGCAAAGACUGACCCUCGUGGACACUGAUAUAUAUUGGCCAAAUGGUCUGACCACUGAUCUGAUUAGUGAUCUCCUUUUUUGGGUUGAUGGUCGUACUCAACACAGCCUAAGUAGCAUCGACUACAACGGCCAGGGUAGACGAACCAUCCUCCAAUCAAAUUCAAUAUUGCCUCAUCCGUUCGGCAUCACUGUUUUCGAAGAUUAUGUCUACAUCACAGAUUGGCAGAUAAGGAGUAUCAUUAAAGCUAACAAAUUCAAUGGAAACCAUACCAUUUUAGUUGAUAACCUUUCUCGACCUACAGGCAUCCAAAUAUAUCAUCCUCAAAAACAAAUUAACGGAAUUAUUAACCAUUGUGAAGAUCAUAACGGUGGAUGCUCUGAUCUGUGUGUAGCUGCCCCUGAUGUGAGCGAUAAUUCGGCUAAAUAUUCCUGUCUCUGUCCCACAAACUCUUUCCUAAUGCAAGAUGGGCGUACAUGUGACGGUUCUACAAUAAAUCCACUGACACCACCUUCUGUUCAAACCAUUGGUCCACCAGAAGACAGGCUGACCACACAAACGGGGACCGAGAUUACUAUUG